AUGGCAGAGAUAGAGUACACUGAAGAAGAUCGCAAGUAUUCAUGUUCCUUAUACCCAAAACUUCAGCAGUCAUCAGAGAGCUUUCUACAGAGCUACAUCUCUCAUCAACUACAAUGUAUGGAUCAGUUGUUGAAAACAUACGAACAUGAACUUGAUGUACCUUAUGGAGAUCCAGCUACAGCCAAUGACAGACAACAGUUUGAUGUUUGGUACCCGAAAGAUGGAGAAAAGUAUAGAAAAAUACACAUCUUUAUUCAUGGAGGUUAUUGGCAGGUAAGACGUUAUGAAUGACAAAAGGUGUUUGAUGUUAGCCAUAGGAUAUUGGACUCUUCUACUAUGUAUAAUUGAUUAAUGGUAUUGAUUACUGUGCUAAAGUUCUUUUUUUUGACACUAUCACAAUGUUGUUGUAGGAAAGCAGUCGUAAAUGUGCUGCCUCAGUACCACCAACCUUUUUGGCGCAAGGGUAUACCGUAAUAACACUCGGCUACACUUUGGCUACAGAAAUAUCGUUGGAAGAAGUUGCGGAUCUUGUACGGAGAGGAGUAAAGGUAUUUUUUGAUGACGUUUUUUGUUAACUUGACAAAAUUUUAUUGUUAUGCUUGACUCUUUUCCAGGACAUUAUACACAACCACCCGACAGCGGAGUUCUCAAUAUCUGGCCACAGCGCCGGAGGUCAUUUGGCAGCCAAAGUUUUGGAGGUUGAAGAACUUCGAAUCUACAUGAAUGCUGCUCUACUGAUUACUCCAGUGUUCGACAUUCGACCCUUGGUCAAUACCUACAUUGGGCGAGGAAUCAGGCUUUCAGAAGAGACGGCAGAGAAAUUCUCUGUGAAAUACAAAGAAUUGGCCAAAUUCGAGGGAAAACUGGCCAUCCUGACAGCAAAACAUGAUGCCCCAGGGCUGAUCGAACAAGCUGGAGAUGCUCAAAAUGAACUUAUAAAGCUGGGCAAGAGGGAUACUGUAAGAGAAGAGUUCGACGAGGACCAUUUCAGUAUGAUUGGGGUACUCAGUAAUCCUACUUCUACUGUGGCCGAGUGGGUACUACAGUUCAUGCAGUAA